CUCCUUCAUUCCGAGUACGUCAUAAUCAUUUGCUUCUACUGCUUGCUGACAUGACUGACACGAUGCUACGUUCAGGCCUCAGGCGGACACGCUCAUCGCCGAGAGCGAACCUUUCAAUCUUCGGGAAAGUACUUCCGAAUCACAGCCUUCUCCAACCAGUGCACCAGCGGAUCAGAUAUAUUUCAUCGUGCAGAUGAUCAAUCUCGGGCUGGGUGCGACGUCUUUCCUCGGCGUCCUAGGAAUCAUUCUAUAUCUAUUUCUCCAGCGUACGCGGGCUACGCCAAGGAAUAGGCUAAAUACGAAACCGUCUUCCAUCAGUGAUCCAGUCAUCAUACCACCUCCCGAUCAACGCCUCACCUUUACACCGCCUAAAACAAUGGAAUCAAACAGAGCAGUCAGGAACUUCUCACUAAUAUCCAGAAGAACGGCAGACGUUCCCACUGGCGUACAGAGUUUAGGAGCGUCGGACCCAUCACAGUAUUCUACGACUACGAGCGAGAAUCUGACUCUCCUCGCCUUCCCUCUCCCACCCGCUGCUAGGCAGACGGAGCUGCAAGAAUUUGUCGCGCGUCUGAGACGCGAGGUUUCGUUGCGGAGCACGAAAUUCAGCUUGGAGGAGAGGCGGGCUGCUAGCGAGGAGCGGCUGCACAAACAGAUUGCUGGGAUGCAAAGUGAGAUAUCGUAUCUGACGGCACAGCUGGACUUGGCAUGGGCGAUGGGGUUUGGUCAGGCGGCGCCGUCGGCUGAUAGUGGUAGUAGGAGGUCAGCGGAGAGUGGGACAUUAUCGGUGCAUUCUCGUGUGCCGCAAGCUUCUAAUGUAACUUCGUGACGGUUUUUUAUAUGUAUCAUUUGUACUGCAUACACAUAAUGUUGGGGAACAGGAGCUCUCG